AUGUUUAAAGCUCGCCCUGUCCCGCGCUCCUUCGCCCUCUUCCCCCCCUCUCUCUCCCCCUCCCUCGUCUCCCCUGCGCGACUCGCCCUUCCCAGACCCAUCAUCCCGCCCAGAGACACUCGGCAUCGUCAGCUUCUUCACCACCGCCACCACCUGCAGCAGCAGACAUCCAGCUUCUCCCAUAUCUCCCACAGACGCGCUUCUGACAAACCCAAUCCCAAGAUGGCGGACCAGGACAUUGAGCAUUACCUCAAGCAGACGCACGACCGCGUCUUCGAGAACAACCGGCGCUGGGCCGAGGAGAAGAAGAAGCAGGACCCCAACUUCUUCGUCAGCCUGUCGGAGGGCCAGUCGCCCGAGUACCUCUGGAUCGGCUGCAGCGACUCGCGCAUCCCCGCGGAGCAGAUCACGGGCCUCGAGCCCGGCGAGGCCUUCAUCCACCGCAACAUCGCCAACAUGGUCAAUAACAUCGACCUCAACGUCAUGAGCGUCAUUAACUAUGCCGUCCGCCACCUGCAGGUCAAGCACAUCGUCGUCUGCGGCCACUACGGCUGCGGCGGCGUCAAGGCCGCCAUGACCCCCAAGGACCUCGGCCUGCUGAACCCGUGGCUGCGCAACAUCCGCGACGUCUACCGCCUGCACGAGGCCGAGCUCGACGCCAUCGCCGACGAGGACGCCCGAUACGACCGCCUCGUCGAGCUCAACGUCGUCGAGCAGUGCCGCAACGUCAUCAAGACGGCCGCCAUCCAGCAGUCGUACGCCAAGAACAAGUUCCCCAUUGUCCACGGCUGGGUCUUUGGCUUCAACGACGGUCUUCUCAAGGACCUGAAGAUCGACCACAAGUCCAUGCUGCACGACAUCCAGAAGCUCUACCACCUCCCGGGCGCCGACUUCUGAGCUCCCCCCCCCCCACUGUCUUCGGUCUACGGUCUACGGUCUAUAGUCUGCGGUCUACGGUCUAUGUUUUUACGGCCCACCGGGGGUGACUCACGGAUGGAACCUGGGCUUCUCGACAGCUGCCCGCGUUGUGCGUUCACCUCCAUCACGGCAUGGGACGUGGGGGAAAAUUUUCUUGUUGAGGGCGCGGCAUCUUCCACUUCCCCCCCUCCCAUUGCAGAUCCGGGAUGGGGUUGGGACUCUAGGAGACUCUUCGACCGAGACAUGUCCACCACGCACAAGUGACAACCCCCCCACACCCACCACCCACCUGUCUGUUGUCGAUCCGGUUUAGCCUAGUGGGAACGUCAAGCGAGCCGAAUCUGCCGUAGCGUCACCCCCCCUUCGCUGCAUUGCAUCUCCGU